AUGUUUCUGUCUAUCAAAUCAUACAUCGUCGCCUUAUGGCCGAGUCCAGUCUCUCCAGAAUUGAAGAAAUCAGUGGAAUCAACCAUCGAAACAAAUAAGAUCUUAGUUUACUCAAAAACUUAUUGUCCAUAUUGUACUGCAACUAAGGACUUAUUGAAUAAAUAUGGCGUCGAUUACAAAUUAAUUGAGUUAAAUACAAUGUCUGAUGGUGGUAAUAUCCAGCGUGCUUUGCAAGAAAUUAGCGGACAAAGAACUGUACCAAAUGUUUUCAUUAAUGGUAAGCAUAUUGGUGGUAAUUCUGACUUGCAAGCCUUGGAGAGUAAAGGAGAAUUGAAAGGCUUGCUUGCCAAGUUGUGA